AUGGCAAGGCAGGUCAGCCGCUCACCGCUGCUCAAGCCCUUCUUCCCGAGGACGCCUGUGAGAGGGGUCAGCCCUCUGCAACAGAGACGCCACACGCUCCCGGCCAGCGAGUUCAGGAACCUCACGCCACAGGACGCCAUCAGCGUGUUUGAGAUCGAGAGAGAAGCAUUCGUCUCUGUGUCUGGAGAGUGUCCCGUCACCCUGGACGAGGUGCUGAACUUCCUGAGUCAGUGUCCUGAGCUCUCACUGGGCUGGUUCGAGGAGGGACAACUGGUGGCUUUCAUCAUCGGCUCUGGCUGGGACAAGGAGAGGCUUUCACAAGAGGCCAUGACUCAGCACGUCCCGGACAGCCCGGCCGUGCACCUCCAUGUGCUGUCGGUGCAUCGCCACUGCCGCCAGCAAGGCAAGGGCUCCAUCCUCCUGUGGCGCUAUCUGCAGUACCUGCGCUGCGUCCCGGGCCUCCGGCGAGCUCUGCUGAUCUGCGAGGACUUCCUGGUGCCUUUCUACCUCAAGGCCGGCUUCAAAGAGAAGGGCCCGUCGGCCAUCUCUGUGUCCAACAUGCAGUUCCAUGAGAUGGAGUACACGGUGGGCGGGCAGGCGUACGCCAGGAGGAACAGUGGCUGCUAG